AUUCUUGAUCUCUCUCUGCUUCUUCUUUCUAAAUUUCAUACCUUGAAAACAGAACACAAAACCCUUGAUCAACUCCAAAAAAAAGAGAUCUCUUUCAAUCAAAACCAAACAAAAUGAAGAAAGAACCAAUUCAUAUCCGUCCUCUGUACCUUCCAUGUCUCUUAAUGUUUCUUCUUUCAUCACUCCGUCAAAUCACCGGAGACGCAAGAGCUCGAGCCGUUCAAGUCACUUGCUCACCCUUGCUUGAGCACAACGAAACCGCUUAUGUCCCAAAUUUCGUAGCCACAAUGGAGAAAAUCAGUACACAAGUACAAACUUCCGGUUUUGGAGUUGCUCUCACCGGUACAGGACCAGACGCUAACUACGGUCUUGCACAGUGCUACGGUGAUCUUCCUUUAAACGACUGUGUCCUCUGUUACGCGGAAGCACGCACGAUGCUUCCGCAGUGUUAUCCUCAGAACGGAGGAAGAAUCUUUCUUGAUGGAUGUUUUAUGAGAGCUGAGAAUUAUAGUUUCUAUAACGAAUUCAAAGGACCUGAAGAUAACGUUGUGUGUGGAAACACGACGAGAAAGAGUGAGACUUUCGGUGAUGCGGUGAAGCAAGGGCUGAGAAAUGCUGUUGCUGAGGCUUCUGGGACUGGAGGGUACGCUCGUGCUUCUGCAAAGGCGGGUGAAUCUGAAUCUGAAUCCGCGUUUGUGUUGGCGAAUUGCUGGAGAACUUUGAGUCCUGAUUCUUGUAAACAGUGUUUGGAGAACGCGUCUGCGUCUGUGGUUAAGGGGUGUUUGCCAUGGUCAGAGGGACGUGCACUUCACACUGGAUGUUUCCUUAGGUACUCUGAUCAAGAUUUCUUGAACAAGAUAUCAAGAAACGGAAGAUCAAGAGGCUCUGUGGUAGUGAUUGUGGUCUCAGUUCUUAGCUCUGUGGUUGUCUUCAUGAUUGGAAUAGCAGUAAGUGUUUAUAUCUGCAAACGUCGGACCAUCAAGAGGAAGAGAAGAGGAUCAAAUGAUGUUGAGAAAAUGGCGAAAACUCUAAAAGACAGUAGCUUGAACUUCAAAUACUCAACACUGGAGAAAGCCACAGGUUCAUUUGACGACACAAACAAGCUUGGACAAGGCGGAUUUGGAACUGUCUAUAAGGGGGUUCUUCCAGACGGACGAGAUAUCGCUGUGAAGCGUUGCUCAGGACCAGAGAGCCUCCUUGUCUAUGAAUACCUUCAGAACAAGAGCCUUGAUCGAUUCAUCUUCGAUGUGAACAGAGGGAAAACACUAGACUGGCAGAGAAGAUACACGAUCAUCGUUGGGACCGCUGAAGGAUUAGACGAUAAGAGCCAUAUCAGCACUGCCAUUGCAGGGACCUUAGGUUAUAUGGCUCCAGAGUACUUAGCACACGGUCAGCUAACAGAGAUGGUAGAUGUCUACAGCUUUGGAGUUCUUGUACUAGAGAUUGUAACUGGAAAACAGAACACCAAAAGCAAAAUGUCAGAUUACUCAGACAGUUUGAUUACAGAAGCAUGGAAGCAUUUUCAGACACGAGAUUUAGAGGAAAUAUAUGAUCCAAACCUGAAUUGGAAGAAUCAGAAUGAUAGUAUCAUCAUCAAAAAGGAGAUAGCGAGAGUAGUUCAAAUAGGGCUCUUAUGCACUCAAGAGAUACCGUCGCUAAGACCAUCGAUGUCAAAGUUGUUGCAUAUGCUAAAGAACAAAGAGGAAAUCCUGCCAUUGCCAAGUAACCCUCCGUUUAUGGAUGAAAGAGUAAUGGAACUUCGAGAUGGUUCUGAUGGCGAUUCAGCUGGUUGUGCAUCUCUUGCCACUGUCUCACAAAGUUCCUUUUACGGUAGAUGAGCCUUAAAGAAUUGUAUAAGAAGAACAAAUACACCGUUGAGCAGAAA